GUUCCUAAUAUUCGAGACCUUAGCUAAAACAAACCAAGCCCCGCUCAAGUUUUGUACAAUCUUUUCUCGUUAGUUUUGUAUAAUCUCAUUUCCAUUAUAAUCGGUAUGUCGCAACAGAUUGGAGCCAAGUGCGUGGGCCACACCGACGCAGUAGUGGAGUUAUCCUUCAGCAGGGACCUUGGUUCGGGCUUUUACCUGGCCUCAGCGGGACUCGAUGGCAUAGCCAUGAUGCGGCAUGGUGACACUGGGCACAUGAUAGGCAAUCUAAGGAAGCAUAAGGCGGGCGUGUGGAGCGUCUCUUUGAACGAGGAUGCAAGGAUCCUGGCCAGCGGCGGUGCCGAUGGCAAGGUUCGCAUCUGGGAUGCCUUGCUGGGGAAACAGCUAACGAAGUACACGCACGAAGAGACAGUGUCCUGUCUGGACUUGGAUCCCAAAGGCAGUCGCCUGGUGAGCGGUUGCCUCGGCCUCGAACCCGCCGUGUCCCUCUACGACCUGGAGAAAUCGGGCAAGAAGCCCCUGAUGACGUUUCGCGGUCACCAGCGUGGUAUCAGGGAUCUGACCUUCUGCUUGGAGGAGAACUGCAUCCUCACCUCCUCCUACGAUCGCAAUGUGAAGAUGUGGGAUUGCCGGAGUGGCGAGCGCACCCACUCGAUAGUUCUCACCCACCACGCCAAAACGGUGGAGCUGCACCACGACAGGGAAAUAGUUACCAUAGCCUUUGAGCGCAGUGUGAUCUUUCUGGAUCCCAGGACCUUCGAGAUCCUGAAGACCCGAAAGUGCCCCUUCAAGGUGACUUCGGCCGCCCUGCAUCCCAGGAAGGAGAGCUACGCAUGUGGCAACAUUGAGGGUGUCGUCUACAAGUACGACUACGAGACGGGCCUUCCCCUGGGGUGCUACCAGGGCAGGUCCAAGUCAGCGAUAUGCUUUCUGAGGUUCAGUCCCGAUGGCGAAAUAUGUGCGAUGGCCCUGGCAAAUGGAAACAUCAUACUUUGGCGACAGAACAUGGACAAGAAGUACGGUCUUUGGACCACCGUCAUGUCCUCGGAUGAAGGAGCUGAAGAGGUGGACUACGUGGAUGCUGAUGACGAGGGGGAGGAGGAGGACCUGGAUGGGGAGGAGAACGAGUCCAUGAGUUGAACACCCCCUACACAACUGUACCCCUGCUUUGAUUUGAGUUUCCUUCUUGGUUAAUUGUGUUUUUUGUUCGGUUGCAUCGUUCCCCAUAAUCAAAGUCCCAAAAGGGUCACGUUUCUCUUUCUCUCUAAUAAAUUUGUCUUGUGAUUGAAAACCCCC